AUGGCUGUCCGGGUGGCAGAAAUUCCUUUUCUUGCAGAUGGUGAAUUUGCCGUUGGGAUGGAAUUCAGUUCUAGGGAAGCUGUUAUUAAAGCGAUAAAAGAGUAUACUAUACGAAGAAGCGUAGAUUACCGGGUGUAUGAGUCUGAGCCAUUGACAUUUUAUGCGAAGUGUACACAGUAUGGGUCAGGGUGUGAUUGGCUUAUUCGGGUUAGCAUGAUCAGCCGGAAGUACUGUUGGGUUAUAAGGAGGUAUAAUGGCAGUCACACAUGCACCAGAGCCACAAUUUCUCAGGAUCAUUCAAAGCUGGAUUCGACCACGAUUGCAGAAGCAAUUAAGCCGUUGGUUGAAGCUGACCCCGCCUUAAAGGUAAAAUCAGUUAUAGCAGAGGCGCAAUCGAAGUUCAACUACACUGUUAGUUAUCAGAAAGCAUGGUUGGCUAAGCAAAAGGCGGUUGAACAAAUAUUCGGAGGUUGGGAGGCAUCGUACGAAGCGUUGCCUAUAUGGUUUGAAGCCAUGUGUCAGAAGGAGCCGUCAGCUGUUGUUCAUUUUGAGACUAUGCCUGCAUACCAAGGUGACGACUUGGUGACUGAUAUUCGGGUAUUGCAUCGUGUCUUUUGGAGUUAUUACCCUUGCAUUAGAGCUUUCAGACAUUGUAAGCCAGUUGUCCAGGUGGAUGGGACUCACUUAUACGGAAAGUACAAGGGUUGUCUACUAGUGGCGGUGUCACAGGAUGGUAACAACAACAUCGUCCCAAUUGCAUUUGCAAUUGUCGAGGGGGAGACUUCAGAUGCGUGGCACUUUUUUCUGAGUAACCUCCGUCAGCAUGUUGUCACUCGGGAUGGUGUGGGACUGAUAUCCGACCGUCACGAAUCCAUAAAUGCGGCUGUGGAAAGGAGUAACGGGGCUUGGUCACCUCCAAGAGCCUUUCAUAUGUUUUGCAUCAGGCAUAUAGAGUCGAAUUUUCUGAGAAAAUUCAAGGCGCCGUAUUUACAGAAACUGGUCGUCAACAUAGGAUAUUCGAGGACGGUGCGGGAGUACGAGGUGCGUUACCAACGUUUACGAGAACGGGGAGAGGCAUACACUGACUGGUUAAACCGAAUCCCCCGGGAACAGUACGCGUUGGCAUUUGAUGGUGGAUAUCGAUGGGGUCAUAUGACGACAAAUCUGGUGGAAUGCAUCAACUCAGUUUUGAAGGGCGCACGCAAUCUCCCCGUGACUGCCCUUGUGAAGGCAACAUUCUACAGGCUGAACGAGUUGUUUACCCGAAAAAGAGCAGAGGCGGAAGCCCGGAUUAAUGCUGGCCAUGUGUUUUCUGAUGUCGUGACCUCGAAGUUGCAUGCAAAUCAAGUUGCAUCAGGAAACAUUCAGGUUAGUUGCUUUGAUCGGCGGAAUGAGGUCUUUGAGGUGCGUGAGAUGCCAAGUGGACUGGAGUUUGCGGUGGACCUACGUGGCCUUCGAUGUGACUGUGGUGAGUUUCAGGUGGACCGGAUCCCCUGUCGACAUGUGUUUGCAUGUUGUGCCAACCAGCGACUAGAUUGGCAAGUGUAUGUUCAUGAUGUGUAUAAGAUGGACCAAGUUCGGCGGGUGUACCGAGCAAGGUUUAGGCCACUUGGUAACCCCACUACGUGGCCUGCUUAUAACGGUCCUCGGUUCAUCCCAAAUCUAUACCUGAGACGCGUCGGGAAAGGUCGGCCAAAAAUGACGCGCUUCUUGAAUGAGAUGGACACGCGAAUGCUACGUCGGCCUAGGCGAUGUACGAUAUGUGGAGCUGAGGGACACAGUCGUGGCAGAUGCCGUCAGCAGCGUGGUGCAAAUGCCAACAGAGAUCAGUAG